UCGUAUAUCGUACGUACGUUCGUUCGUUCGUUCGUACGUUCGUUCGUUCAGACGUCAAUCCUUUUUCGCGAACACGUUUCGAAGGAUCAAUCCUGUGCGUUUGAUUAAUUGAAGGAUUUCUUAUAAUCUUCGAUCAUCCAUCGAACGAGCCAUCAAAAAAGAACGUUCGCCGGUUCUUUCGAAGAAAAAUUGCACGUACGUCACAACUAGAGAGAGAAAAAAAAAGAAAGGGCUUUUUUUCUGCAAGACAACAGACAGGAUCGAGGGACGAGCAAUAUAUCGAAGACAGGACCAAAGACGCAGAAAUUAAGCCUGGUAUGAUAAAUGGUGGCGACCAGCAGUAUGGUGUAUGAGGAGAUAGUCGGAAUAAGGGGCAGCUGACCUCAGCCGCCGCGCACGCUCUUUACGCGCGAGAUGCCCCACAAUCUGAACUCGGCUUCCGCCAACUCCGCCAACACGGGACCGAAUCAUCAGGCUUAUCCUCACCAGCCUUAUCACCGAAAUGGAGAUGGACUUCAGCCAGAGAAAGAGCCGGUUGAAUUCGACACGUCGCAUCUACGCGGUGCACCUGCCGAAGUGGAGGCAUUGGUACACAAUAUCAAAGACGUUGCACAACAAUUUCUUUAUCACUGGAAAACGUUUCCCAUUGUCUUACCACCUCCACUUUCGACGGGUACGGAAGGCGAGGACACGCUCGCACGAAAGAAACAUCACUUGAAGGAUCUUUUCGUAGCACCGAGUUUCGAUGAAUUGGAUGCUGUUGCAGUUGAUAGCAAAGGAGAACCUCGAAGACUCACUAAUAAACAAUUAGAAAGCAUCAGAGAAAGAGGCUUGCACAAGGAUAAAUACGGAAAGCCGAAGAAGCUGAAUGCCACUCAGUUGGAGAGCAUUCGAAAAUGCGGGGAAUUUGAAGUGGAUUCAAUCAAUUUUGCUGGCCAGAUACAUCGAUGGCGAUUAAGUGCUCUUCUUCAACGUGGAAGAGAUAGAAGACGCGAAGCAUUACUCAGAGAUCUUGCCUUAGCUACUAGAUUUCUUGUAGUAACAGCAAAAGCUAGAUUAAUAUCCCAUUGCUUCAGUGUUUCGCAAUCUUUUAAAGCAUUCUUAACAGGAUUUUUACGUCUUCUCGAUAUAAUAAUAGGUGUGCCAUCUCUGCAAGCACAUAAUUUAGAUGCCAAAAUUAGAGAAGAACGUUGUCGAUAUUUAGUUGCAGAAUUAGUAUGCAGACCAGAGUAUGAAGAUUCGUUGGAACUACUUUGUGGAUUUGUAAGGAAGCAACUACGUCGAGCAACAAUGGAAAAAUUCGAGGUAGAACGAGAAUCAUCUCAGCUAUUACCUGUUCCAAUUCCUUUUGUGUUUGGUACACCUGGUGGAGCUGCCGUUGAUCUGAGAUUAUUUAGCAGAGACAUUAUCAGAAAGGCUUUACCAAUACUAGUCUCGAUUUUAGAGAGAGAAACUCGUGGCUGGUUUCUUCAUUUUAGGGAAAGACUGAUAUCAGAAUUAAGAGCACAGAAAAAGCCAGACGAGGAAAUCGAAAGAGAAGUUAAUGAAGCGGUAAUGAGAGAAUAUUUACAAAGAGUAUAUACCAACAUCUUGUCGCAUCCGGAUAUACUUGCACUCGGUGAAGGUAUUGCACAACUUCUAGUCCAACAAGCGCAAUCGGUUGUAUUGAUGCACAGAGCGAUUGAAAAUGUACAACGAAAGUUGUUGCAAACGAAGGACUCUUUAAAACGACGCAUAGAACUAGAACAUCCAGUUUUAUCACGAAUACAACCAUGGAUGCGAGAUCGUAUGAGAGAAGCCGAAGAAAAUUUUAUAGAGGAAUGCGAAUGGUGUGCACACGAGGAAGCUCUUACAUUAUGCAGUCAUCAAAAUUUACAACAAACUUGUUAUUUUCUCAACCGCGAUUUAGUUUUUAUGAAAGAGAGAGAACCAGUUUUAUUGAAAGAAUUACGCAAAGUUAAGACACCUACCAGGAGCUUCCAAUGGCCGACACAAAUAUGGCUUCCAAAAAAUUGGAUAAUAAGGCGAAAUUUUCAAGGUCAAUCUGAAAUCAUUCCAACAGUAUUAAGCAACACACCAACGUCCAUUACAACACCACGGGCAGAUCCAAGUCAACCUGUUUUCUUAGUUGAAAGAGAAAUUGUACGUACAACGACGACUAGGUGGCCAAUGUGGCGUUGGAUAAAUUACAUAGCAAGAACAUGGUGUUGGACAUGGAAUGCGAUGUUUCUCUUGGGAGUAGCAGUUCCAUGGUACAGUCCAGUAUCUAUCCGUGCUUUGUUACUUGUGCAACCAUUUACUCCUGAUUUAGAAUUAAGCCAACUCAAUGGCACAUUAUUUCCACGAAAAUCUUCACAAAUGCCUACUCUCUGUUCUCGAUUAGUAGCAUUGUGGAGGCAUAUCAGUAAAAGUCGAACUCAUUUUGAAACAGAACCUGAUACAGGAUUUAUUGGCAAGGGAAUGACGAGACAUUUAAAUAGGCUAUGGAAUUAUGGUGCCAAAGGCCUUUUAGGAACGCUUGUUAUAUUAUUUGUUUUUCCUGUCGUAUGUAUACUUGCAAGUUUUGGAUCUCUGCUUAUUGCACUCACUGCAAUCAUGUGGAUGCCUUUAAUUACCUUAACGUUACAUGCAUUCAUGGCACUUAUAAUGGAUUUGGAUAGUCCAGAACCAAGUCGCAAUCGCUAUUUAGUUGUAAUGGAAGCGUUGCUUUGGAAUAUUGGUAUACAAGGAUGUUUGCAACCAAUAGCAGCUUUAAUUGUAGCUCUCUUUGUAUGCCCUAUCAUCUCUUUUGUGAUACUUACUGUCGCUGUAAUACGUUAUUGCAUUAGAGUGGUAUGGGAUACAGCCAUGUUUCAUUUGGUAAUCAAAAAUAGAGGACGAAUUCCUGCCAGUGACAGUUUUGUUGUCAAAAGAAUAGCAGGGCCGGGAUUAGCAUCAGAUUAUUAUUAUCAAAUAAGACCGGAACAAGCAUUGGCUGCGUUUGAAGCUAAAUUAGAGCUGGAUGAAUUAUUAGCUUUUCAACAAGAGACAGAAAGAUUAAUAACUCAACCGCAGAGAGACUUUAGCCAAUUCGUAGAAGCUUGCUUCGGUCCGUUUGCAGCUGGUCUUGCAAAAAUAAAAGAUCCGUACAAGUCCCUUGAGAAAGAAGCUAGAGAUCUUAUCGCUGUCCUGCAUGAAAAAUUAGAACGACGAAGGAAAAACUUACAAACUGGACUCGGCGUGGCUGUAAGAAGCAAAAUAAAACUUACAACGUUUGAUUUGAAGGUAGUUAUACAACAAGGUGCACUAAUGUUAGAACGACUUUAUCCAUUACACGUUUUUGCUCGUUUGCCGGGAAACGAAGAAGACUUUUGGGAAACUAAAGGAUUGGGUGUUGCUGAUUGGGCAGGUUUAGCAGGACUUAUGUAUGCUGACAUUUUCAGUUUGGAUUUUCUUCAACCUCUCGAUGACUCUGAUACAAAAUUCAGAUUAGAACCACAUCCGGGUGUUGAUUUGUCACGAUACACCGAUAUGGUUCAUAGCACAGAGUUAGGUGGUAUUAACGGGCCUGAUUUAUUGGGUGCGGUGUAUGCACCACGUGGAAAUAUUCAAGUGCAUAGCCCAUAUCUGGAAGUUUCAGCAUUUAAUCCACGAGCUAAGCAAGCCAGUAAUAGCAAGAAAUCUGAUAAACGAUGCGACACCAACGGUUUAUUAACGUCUACUAAAGUCAGAAGGCGUACAGUUUCAGCGAAUGGUAGUAUCGAAGGACGAUGGCAACCAUGGAAACGACAAAUUCGACCAUACAGUGCUGAAAAAUUAGUAAUUCCACUUCCUAUUCCACAUCCGGCACAUAUAGCAAUUACCAUUCACAAUCGUGAUUCUGAAGAUCCAAUUCCAUUAGAUUCAGAGCUCUGUCAAAAUAUUUUACGAGCUAUCGAAGAAUCACCUGGUGAAAUGGCUACCGAAUGUGUAAGCCGUUAUAGAGGCGGAGGAGAUUCUAGUUUUGAUUCCGUUGCAUCACAAUCUUCUGUCUCCAUUGAGACAGGUUUGGAUAAAGACAAUGAUGAAACUCAAGAGACUGCAAAUAACGAUAAGGAGGGUGAAAAUUAUCAUUGGACUCUUUCAAAUUGGGGUGGCGGUGUAACAAGAAGAAGAAAUAAUUCUGGAUCCAUUAAAGUCGAUUUAGCUUCACCGGAAGAUGUUACUCUGGAUACGGAUACUACCAGAGUUAUGUUUAGUACAUACGGAACGACCGUGUAACGUACGUCUCUUAAUUCUACCAGGUAAUGUAUUUGCGACUUAAAAACUCUCAUUCUAUGAAAAACUAGGAGAUGUGAAUUUUAAAUUGAUCAAUUUCGCCUAAUAUUUCUAUAGAUUAUAUCGAUGAUAAUUACAAGCAAAACAAUUUGAAUGACAGAUUACUCUGCUACCGUUACUCUAGAAUUGAAUUUUAUUAUCGGUUUUCUUCGCAUAUUCUUAUUCUGACUAUGAAUAUAAUACAUAUACAUAUAUAUAUAUUAUAUAUAUAUAUAUAUAUAUAUAUAUAUAUAUAUAUAUGAUCACUUUAAAAAAUGAUUUAUGAGUAUGCACGAAUAAUAUACACGAUUAUGACAACUUCUCGAUUUAAUGCAUUGAUUAAUAAAAUGGUAAAAAUCAAAUAAAAGCAAAGUGUUAGUGACAACUUGAUGGUAAUGAUAUCUUUAAAUUAUAUAAUUAUCAAUGGUUAGCCUAUAUAAAACAAUAUAAACACCAAUCAACAAUAUAAGAAUAUCUCUGCACCGUAUUAACUUCUUCAAUUUGUUUUUCUUCAUUAAUAUUUACGUUUCUGUAUAUUUAUUUCAAGAAAUAAUUGUUGAAAAAUAAUUGAUGAAAUUAAAUGCUUAUAUGCUAUGAUGUAUUCUCUAUGCCUAAUAAUACAUUCUAAACGUAUAUAAAAAUGUAUUAUAGCAUAUUUAAUGAUUUUAUAGAAUAUCUUUAUAUAAUAUUGUAUCUUUAUCUUAUCUUCAAGUUAAAUAUUUCUAAUAGUCAGCAGAGUGGUAGAUGUUUAAACCUCAUUGCAAAGUCUGGGAUGCCAUUAUAGAUUUGUAAUAAUAACAAACACAACAUAAGUGGUGAACAGAAUAAAAAAAAAAAAAAAAAAUGUUCACACCGUUCUAAUAUGUUAAAUUGAAUUAUCAAUGAAAAUUUAACUUGAAAUUAUAUUUAGAAAGAAUGACUCUCUCGUAUUUACAUAUUGUAUAUAGAUAGACAAUUGUAUAAAUGAACUCGUUAACGUACAUAGUUCACUAUAUGUAUUUCCUUGUUAUUUACUCUAUAUUAGAAUGAAUUCUAUUAAAUAUGUGGAAGUGUGCUCUUAUGAACAUAAUAUACUUACUUUUAGUAGUUGUUCUAUUGAUUUUGACAUAGUCUCACUUUAUAAGCCAUUCCAUUAAACUUGCUUAUUCUCAAAAAAUAUAUAAGAGUAAUGAUUUUCUUAUAUAUUAUAUAUAUAUAUAUAUAUAUAUAUAUAUAUAUAUAUAUAUUUGUAUACACUAUGUACUUAUGAAUGGAAUUUUUUAAAUUCUCGACAAUAUUUCAAAUUAUUGUCGUCUUAUCGACAAAACUUAUUAUUGGUGCCUCUUUAAGUGAAUUUCUGUUUAAAAUACAUAAAAAAAAAAAAUCUACUAAACACAUUGCUAAUUAUAAUAAAAUCAACAGAGAAAUAAAAUGAGUAUUCAUUUUAAUAAUAUCUAACAUUGCAUAAGCUGUGUUUAUCGAGCUAUUGAACUCACGUUUUUAGGUAGAACAAAAAGUAUAAUAAAUCUUGGUUUAA